AGUACUCACACCACCGCAGUCAGAGCAGCAUCUCAUGCCCCCGCCUGCUCCGGGAUAGACAUCCGCCCGCCCGUCCGUCCACUGAAGCAGCCAGGGAGCUGGAAGCGUCCGGAUGAAGAUGCUGGAAAACGGGAGGAAGGUGUUCAAGGAGGGUCUGCUGGAAAAGCGAAGCGACGGGCUGCUGCAGCUCUGGAAGAAGAAGCACUGCGUCCUGACCGAGGACGGCGUGCUGCUGCUGCCGCCCAAGCAGCACGACCAGCCGCAGCACGGCGGCGGGGACACGGGCAAAGUCAAGGAGCUGCACUUCGCCAACAUGAAGACGGUGGACUGCGUGGAACGGAAGGGCAAGUACGUCUACUUCACGGUGGUCAUGCUGGAAGGGAAGGAGAUCGACUUCAGGUGCCCGCAGGACGAGGGCUGGAACGCGGAGAUCACCCUGCAGAUGGUCCAGUACAAGAACCGGCAGGCGAUCCUGGCCGUCAAGUCCACCCGGCAGAAGCAGCAGCUGCUUGUCGUGCAGAUGCCCGGUCAGAAGACGGUCCGCAGCUCGCCAAACGUUGCGUGACCUGCGGCGAGUCCCGCGGACACUGGUGCACCAUUGUUAGCAGUAAGACAGCUCCAGAGAACGCGAGAUUGA